UAAUAAUUUUAUCGGACGUGAUUAAUUUUUACGUAAAUCAAUUACAGAAAGUAAUUAGGUAAACAUUAUUUAUUUUUAUAUCAAGGGCGGAAGGAGUACGAGUGCGAAAUGUUCCCGCCGACGCGCAUUCGUAGCUGCCUUCCCGUCAUUAAUCCGAUGUUUCGGCGGAUGAGACCUCACAAACCAUUUCGGCAGACGAUUCACAAUCAAACAAAGAGCGUCAAUAACGGUUUCAGUACGGCUAAUGAGCUUCAGAAGACGAAAUGGAUGAAUUUCCGAGCGAUAUUCACGCGAUGGAUGCCUUUAGGGAGUGUUAUUUACGUGGGAUGGUGUUAUAUACGCGCGAGCGUGAAUUACGAGCUCUCCAAAGUGGAAAUAAAAUUUUACGAAAUGUUCCCAUUUCGAAUCACGAGCAGAUUGUGGGGGAAGCUAGCGUCCUGCGAGCUGCCAAUCUCGAUAAGGACCUUCGUUUACGGUACGUACGUAAGAUUGUUCAAUGUUAACUUAAACGACGCUGCGGUAACAGAUCUCACGUAUUACAAAAGUUUGUCCGCCUUCUUUACACGCGCGUUGAGAGACGGCGCACGAUACAUAUCACCAGCAGCGUGUGUAUCACCAUGCGAUGGUAUAGUCCUAAACUGUGGCCCCGCUGAUACUGAUAAGAUUGAGCAAGUCAAAGGUGUGACAUAUAGCCUUGAAGAGUUCCUAGGCGAGAACAAAUGGUCUAAAACAAACGAUAAGAGUUACUAUAAUUCCCUUUUAAAGAACAAAAAAAAUAUUCUACACCAAUGUAUAAUAUAUUUAGCUCCUGGGGACUAUCAUAGGUUCCAUUCCCCCUGCGAUUGGACGUCAAACUUUCGUAGGCAUUUCUCAGGCAAGCUUUUGUCUGUAAACCCAUGGUUGGCGCGAUUAAUUCCUGGACUUUUUACUAUCAACGAGAGAGCUGUUUACGUAGGGGAAUGGAAACAUGGAUUCUUCUCUAUGACAGCUGUGGGAGCUACUAAUGUUGGUUCUAUAGAGAUUUAUAGUGACCCUGACUUAAGAACAAACACUAAAGGAAGGCGAAAUCGCAUUGACGACAUAGAGAUGCAUCGAGUGACCUAUAAAAAGGGGGAGUUAUUCGGUCAAUUCAAUAUGGGCAGUACAAUAAUCCUGCUGUUUGAAGCCCCAGCGGAUUUCAAGUUUGAGUUGAAUGCGGGCGAAAGAGUGCUUGUUGGCCAAGCGUUGACUACAGCAUCUAAGGAGUUUUCUAGAUGACCGAUUUAUGAUGACUUAUUUCACAUGGCGCAGGCGGCUAUUGUAUUCUAUGUCAUUUUGCUGACACUAUAGCAGUUUUGUUUUAUUAGCAAUGUUUUACUUGUAGUCAAUUGUGUGUUUAGUUAGUGCUAAAAUUGCUACGCCACUUCCAAAUGCCUUUUUGUAUAUCUUACCUGACGAUCAACAAACCUGUCAUUUGCGAACAAUACACAUGGCAGAAGCAGUUGUACACUAAAUCAAGCUGAAACAUACAUAGAAUGUAUAUAAGCUUUGACUGUAAUUGAGUACUGCAGAACAGUAUACUGAGUUUAUCUAUUCCUUGCUCUUGCAAUCACCAAAGUCAACAUUUCUUUACCUUGUUUCUUCUCAUUUGCAGGUUUUCUCACGACGUUUUUUUUUCACCAUUGAAGCAAGUUAUAUUUUAAUUGCUUAAAAUGUAUAACUUGGUAUUAGGAGCUGGGAUUCAAACCCCUCCCCCAAGUGAAACAAAAUCCUACCAUGGUAUGUCAGAAAAGAUACACCAAAAGGGGGCUGUCCAUUAUGUUCUAGUAUCAAAGUGCCCUAACUCAAAAAAAUUAUAAACUACAAUAAAUGCCACCGUUUUUAAGUGGCUGACACUUGAACUAUUGGCUAAAGUUAUGUUUUAGCAAGAGUAUUAUAACUUCAGCCAUUAUGCAAACAAUGUUCUGUAAUACUGAAAACAAUACUGUAAAUAAACAAAACUGACAACUCUUCAAGUAGGAUCUGUCGAUUUUAUAAUGUUCCCACUGGAAUAUAAGAUCUUGUAAGCCGACCACAAAAAAAGGAGAUGGUUUUUAAUUAUUUUGUUUGUGUUUCCCAUUUUCCCAUUGAUAUUUCAUCAAAAUUAUUUUGUUUUUUAAAUCAAAAUAACAUGAAUAUGUUAGUUGUCAGAAAUAGCUGAAUG